AAAAUUCUCUCUCUCCUUUGAAAACAAAACAUUAAUCAUAUCAAAUCAAACGCGUUCAUUGCCUAUGAAUUAGACUUUGUCGGUUCUCAUAAAUCAAAUCCAAAUGUUUCAUCAAACAAACACAACCUUUGAUUUUGUUUUGUGUGCCACUUCAUCGUUUCAUCUCUCUGACUCUGUUGCUGCAUGCUUUCAUUGAACUAGUCUUAGUCCACGCCGCCACCUCAUAAUCUUCUCCUUUCUCUCAUUCUCUUCUUCUUUUCCGAUCAGAAUUCAGAACCAUCGAUGCACAAAGCAAAAGGGUAAGCUGAAUAAACCGUAAAGAUUAUGAACAAGUCGAUACUCAUUCCGGUGGCGGCGGCGACCGCCGCCGGAUUCGCCGCGACCCUUUUGGUGGUUCUCAUCUGGCGGUGUUGUCUUCACAAGAAGCGUAGGAAUUCUGUUGAGCCUGGAACGGAGAAUCCGCCAAUAGGGGUUUCUGUUUCACCUUUUCAAUUGGAUCAAGGGAGCAAGAAAAGUGGAAAUUUCUAUGCCUUUCGAAGUGGGGUUUCUGGGAAGAGGACAACUCUUUUCAGCUGGGCUGAGAAUCCUUCCAUGGCUGUUGAUGCUGGUGAAAAUGGAUGGUCUCGAUUUGCUUUCACGAACUAUAAGAGUUACAUGGCUUCUUCUUCGAAGAAGUCUGCACUGUUGGGAAUGGGAUCGUGUGUAGCACCACCAGCAGUGGGUGGUUCAGGAAGAGAAUCAGAGGCUGAGAUAACAUGGGAAGUUUCAAGGGGUUCAGCUGAGUUUAUGCAGAAGGUGAGACUCAACCCUGGGAUGAGAAACUCUCAUCAGAACAACAACAACAACAAUAACAACAACAACCCUUCUAUGGGUGUUGCUUCUGUGAUUAGAACAGUUUUACCAUUGCCUGGUCCUCCUUUGGGAAACUAUGCUUUCCCACAAGAAGCCUAUUUUGAAAUCAUCAUCUUGUAUUCUGGUGUUGGUGACAGUGAAUCUGUUGGAAAAGGUGGUGAAGGUGAGAAGACCAUGCUUCUGGUUCAGGGGAAUUCAAAUGCUAAAGGGAAUUCGGAGGCUCUUGUUCAUGUAACCAGCAGCAAUGGUCAUAAGAUCAACAGUGUUGAGGAAAUUAAGCUUGAUAGCAGAGAGGGUGGGAAAAAGAGUGAAUCUGUGAAAUUCUCAUUAGGAUUAACGACUGGUGGUCCUGUUCUUUUGAAUGUUCCAGGCAGCUACCCUGGGAGUAUUGGGUUCAACUCCAAUGGUUCUGUCUAUCUUGAUGGAAUGAAACUUGUAUUCGAGUCUGAGAAGGCAGAAUGGAUAGGAGCUGAUAAGGUUAUUGGCUGUGGGUUUGAUCCAAGGCAGAAGAAAGUUUUCUUCACAUUAGACUCAGAGUUGAUGCAUGUAAUCCAUUGCCAGUCAGAAGGAUUUGGCACUCCACUCUAUCCAACAUUGGCUGCAAAUAUAGACAUUCAGGUACUAGUUAAUUUUGGACAAAGUGCAUUUAAAUAUGCACCUGCAAAUGCGCAGAGAACACCAAACCCAUGUUUUAUAGCACCACUUGUGAAUUCGCCAACCCUGAGCUACGACGACAGCAAGGAACUAUUCUCUAUGGGAAGGAUUGAUUCUCAAUGGCUUAAUCGGUCUGCAACCAAAGGAAGCCACAACAGCAAUGGGAAUUAUUUUCGAACUAUGGAUUUCGAUGAGGAGUCUGAGGCUGAUCUAUUUGAAAUUGUCUUAGAUGGUCCUGGAAAAUCUCCAUACAGAUCAUCUACAUAGCUUACAACAAGUGCACAUGGAUUUUGUCUUGGCUCUGGUAUUUAACAUCAUGGUUGCUUGUCCCAAUUGGACAUGGCUAUGUAUCGCCUUCAUUUGGAAGAAUGCUUGCUGUAUCUCAUCAUGUGAGGGGGAUCUUACGCACAGAUGAUUGAUGAUUCAGCGCUAUAGGGAUACACAGAACACACAUAGAAAGAGAUUCAUAUACGUAGCAGACUAGUUUAUCUAUCAUCCCUGAUUGGGGAGCCUUAACAUUGACUAACUAGUAAUAUACAGUUUGUCUUCACUAAUUGUUUACUCACUCUUAUCUUGUGGCUAAACAUUCAGUUUUGCUUUUGGAAGAGGAUAUUGUCUCCCCUUCUGUAAAUAUUGUUCAUAUAAUAAAAUUUGUACUUUCAGGCA